CAAAAUUUAAUCAUAUGAAGCCCAUCUUAAGCCCAAAUCCUAUAACCAAAUUUGGAUUUAUUUUGCGUGACGAGCUGUAAAACCUUAGAAAACCCUUCUUUCGCUGUUGUUGCCGGAGAAAAUGGUGAUGAUGUUGAAGAAGACAGUGAAGAAAGGUUUAAUCGGCGGAAUGAGCUUCGCUAAAGACGCCGGAAAAAUCAAUUGGUUUCCCGGUCAUAUGGCUGCAGCUACUCGCGCCAUUCGUAACCGCCUCAAGCUCUCCGAUCUCGUUAUCGAAGUUCGCGAUGCUCGUAUUCCUCUGUCAUCGGCGAACGAAGAUCUACAAUCCCAAAUGUCAGCUAAGAGACGUAUCAUUGCUCUGAAUAAGAAAGAUUUAGCAAACCCUAAUGUUCUCAAUGUAAUUCGUUUUUUUGUGUGAACCUUUGUCUUUCUUUAACCUCUUGUUAGUCUCUGUGAGGUUGAGUUUCUGAAUUUUUAUGCAAUUUAUAGAAAUGGACUCGUCAUUUCGAAUCCAGCAAGCAAGAUUGUAUUGCCAUUAAUGCUCAUAGCAGAAGCUCUGUCAUGAAGCUGCUUGAUCUCGUGGAGUUGAAGCUCAAAGAAGUGAUUGCUAGGGAGCCUACUUUACUUGUAAUGGUGGUUGGUGUCCCCAAUGUUGGAAAAUCUGCGCUCAUUAACUCGAUCCAUCAAAUUGCAGCAGCUCGUUUUCCGGUGCAGGAGAGAUUAAAGAGAGCUACGGUUGGUCCAUUGCCUGGUGUAACACAAGAUAUUGCUGGUUUCAAGAUUGCUCAUCGACCUAGUAUAUAUGUUCUAGACUCCCCUGGUGUGUUGGUUCCAAGUAUCCCUGAUAUCGAAACCGGUUUGAAGCUUGCUCUUUCAGGGUCCGUUAAAGAUUCAGUAGUGGGUGAAGAGCGGAUUGCACAAUACUUUCUAGCUAUUCUAAACAUUCGAGGGACUCCUCUUCAUUGGAAGUACUUAGUUGAGGGAAUAAACGAAGGGCCUCAUGCAGACUGCAUCGAUAAGCCAAGCUAUAACUUAAAGGAUCUUCGACACCAGAGAACCAAACAACCAGAUUCAUCUGCUCUGCACUAUGUCGGGGAUAUGAUUUCAGAAGUGCAACGAUCACUGUAUAUAACACUCUCAGAAUUUGAUGGGGACACGGAGGAUGAGAAUGAUUUAGAAUGUUUGAUAGAGCAACAGUUUGAAGUUCUACAAAAGGCAUUGAAGAUUCCUCACAAAGCAUCCGAAGCAAGGUUAAUGGUCUCCAAGAAAUUUCUUACUUUGUUUAGGACAGGUAGACUUGGUCCCUUUAUCCUUGACGAUGUCCCUGAAACUGAAACUGACCACCCCAAUUCAAAACGGGUAGUUGUUUUGUAA